GCCAAUGAGUGGUCAGUCCUCAGUAACCAUCAGUGGACGUGAGGGUGUUAACGGGUGCUCUGCUCUACCUCUCUGUGACAUACGUUCUCUCCUUUCUCCCUCUCAUAAUGGGUAUUUUGAUAGCGAAACUGUGGAGCCUGUUUGGUAAUGAAGAGCAUAAGAUUGUGAUGGUUGGACUUGACAAUGCCGGAAAGACAACCAUUCUCUACCAACUGUUAAUGAAUGAGGUGGUUCACACAUCUCCCACUAUUGGCAGUAACGUAGAAGAGGUGGUGUGGAAGAACCUUCAUUUUAUCAUGUGGGACCUUGGUGGUCAAGAAUCACUACGCUCUGCGUGGAACACUUAUUACACAAACACAGAGUUUGUGAUCUUGGUAAUAGAUUCCACAGACCGGGAGCGUCUCAGCAUCACUCGAGAGGAACUUUACAAGAUGCUGGCCCAUGAGGAACUUUCACGCGCCGCCGUCCUCAUAUACGCUAACAAACAAGAUGUAAAAGGCUCUAUGAGUGCUGCAGAGAUUUCACGUUUGUUAAAUUUGACAUCCAUAAAAAAACACAGGUGGCAGAUUCAAGGCUGUUGCGCCCUUACUGGAGAAGGGCUGUACCAGGGACUGGAGUGGAUUGGCAGUACUUUAAAAAGCAAAUGACAAAGCUAGAACUCAGUAGUUGGGGAGAAGCCCUCAUGCUGUGAUGGUCUUUAUUAAUGUGUACAUUUUUAAAUUAUUUGAAAUGUGACUUAUCAAUUACUGCUGUGUAUUGGUGUGAAUAUAGUCACUUGCUGAGUGACAAGACUGUGUAACAAAAUAUGUUCAAAGUAAGUUUGAUAAAUUAUGUGUUUUGGUGGCCAAACAAGAUUGAAGCUGUCCUCUUAUGUGAGAAGACUUCAGUUUGCAAAGUAGAAGCCAGACAACUGUGAUUAUCUCUCGAAAUGAGUUAAUCACUGAAAAUAUAAAUAAUCCCAUAGUACAUAACCAUGUGCUGUGUGUUAAAGUGGGGCCUCAGAGAUGAUAAACAGGUGCAGUUCUUCCAGGAGUGAAGCCAAGGAGUGUAUGUUCCAUGUACACUGAUCUCAGUGGAACACGUGUUCAUCGUCAGAACAAAUUCAUUCAUAGUAUUGUAGUCUUGAACCACAUUAAUACUGAGUACAGUACUUAGGACAUAAUAUGUACAUAAAUUUUUCCAUAUAUUUUUGACAGAGAAGGGCGAGUCCCUCUUGAUUCCUUCUCACAGACGUUCAAUUAAGUGCAGGUCUUCAGUGACCUCCAGUUGAAACCUCUUCCUGAACCUACUUCAUGCAUUUGCUAGCCAUAAUUAAUGGAAAACAUUUUAUAACUCUUGUAAACAUUUCUUGAAAGUGAAUUAUGUGAAAUUAGGUGCUAUUGUUCAUAGUGUUGAUGGCCAGAUAUAUGGCCUUGGUCAAAGAACAUUGAUUUCUUAAAUCUUAAUCAUUCUACUGAUUUUACAACAAUAUAUUUUAGCAGAAAAUUUUAUUUAAUACUCUAUUCAAGAAUAAUGUAUAGACAGAUAUAUUUUUAGACGAUUUUAAUUGUGACAGUCCAGUCUAUAUAUAAUUACAGUACUUUUUCUUCAUUAUUCAUCAACCCUUUAUUCUAUACUCUAUUUUGUUAUUCUGCUUUCUUCCAGUUACACACCUGUGAGAGUAUCCACAAGUAUUUAUGUGAAAGUGAUCAAAUACUUAAUCUGCUUCUAGGACUCAAGACCAAAUUGUUUCUCUGUGACAGAAUGAUUGAUUGUAUACACUACAGUAUCGUGAGAAGGAAGAUUAUAUAUGCCAAGUUGUGAUGGAUAUCCUUAGAAUUUUAGUCAUGGUCUCUCAGUGAAUCUUUAUUAAAAGCCCCAAAAAUUGUGAGCUCUUUUGUGAAGGUUUGGGAAGCACUGUGCCAAAUAUAUAAGAUUAUUGUGAUUUAUGCAUCAUGGGUAUGAGAGAUGCUUUUGAAUAUGUUAAACUACCAAUUUUAUCACUUACCCUUCAUAUCUGUUUGCUGUGCAUGUAUUUGUUUACUAAAAUUUUAGGAUUUUCUUCCUGUCUGUUGUCUGUCACUCUCUUUCUCAAAAUUAAUGUAAGAUAUCAGAAUAAGAAAAUUUCAGUAAAACUCUCUUAAUCCAGACCAAUUGAGGGAAAAUCCAGCCCAUGUUAAGCGAAUUUCCCCAUAAAGUAAUUUCCAGAGGGAGUUUAUUUAGUCUGGAAAAAGUUUGGAUGGCAAUGCCAGCCACAGCCGCUUUGUUUCCAAGCCAGUAGCACUGAUACAGCCCUCGUGUGUCUCACUCAACUCCUGUGGACUAAAAUAUUCGUGACUUUGUGGACAAAUUACCAUGGCUUCAAAAGGAAGUCAAAAGAGGGCCAGAAAGGAGUUUUAAUGUGAAGGACAAGCAAGAAUUAUAUAUAUUGUAUUCCAGGUUAAUGAUUCAAAAGUGUUUAUUUAUUUUUGCCAUUAUGUGAUAAGAUCCAAAUUACUGUAUCGUGUUAAUCCAGACUCGAUCUGGAUUAACAGAAAUUAGUCUGGAGUUCUUUGCCAGUGCAGUUAAAGUAGAAAUCGGUAUAAAAAAGGGUCCGGAUUAAGAGGGUUUUACUGUAGUAACGAAGUGGUAUUGGGAAAUAUUUUGUUUUAUAUUUCUAUUCAGUCAAUUGAUGUGACACCUGUGUGGGAUCACGAUGUCGUCCCUUCUGUCCUUUAUAUAGAUACAUUCUUGUGGCUUGUGCUCUCGCCCUGCUGUACUGUACAGUAUAAUAAUUCUGCUUACUGUUGCAUAUUUGUAUUUUUUCUCAUUCAUACACGCCUUCCAUUAUGGUGCAGAAUGGCCAGGCAGGGUUGUGAUCUGAUUCAAAGACAUCAACAGGUUGUUAGCUCUCCUUAGGGUUGUUUCACCAUUAGCAAGUGCAGUCAAUGAUGUAUUCAUUUAUUGGUGAGCGGACAAAGAAGGAACCCCCACAUUUUGGUCGAAAAAUAAACCUGUAAACAUUUCCUUUUAUUGCAGACUCUACCAUCUAUGAUAUGGAGCCACUAAUUUGCAACACUUGUAUGUCUAUCCAUGUCCAUUCUCUUUAUCCCGAGUGUUCCUCAGUUUUAUAACCCUAGUUGACUGUCUCUUUGCACUAGUAGACACUCUUUGCUUUAGAUUGUAAUAUGGUUAUUUUAAGGUGAAAACAUCUAAUGCUUCAACAGUAUUAUAAUAUAUACAGUCACAUAUUCUUUCCUCUAUAACCUCACAUUUCUACUUCUUUUUAAUUAAUCUAACCAGCUGCAAAAGUAUUCCUCUCCUUUAGUGAAGUUCGAAAUCUUAUCAUUAAUAUGUUACCAUGUUUUAGUGUUAUUUUGUAUUGAACUUAUACUGAUGGACUUGAAAAUAAUGCUUAAUACUGUAUACAGUAUUGGUUUGCAUCCUACAGUGCAUGAUCCACAAUUUAUGAAUUAGAACCUUCCUUACAAGUUGCACUAGCUGAGUCAUACAGUAAGGAAGGGGCUUAAUCAUAAACACAAUAAGAUUCUGUGAAUUAGUGUUAAGUGUUAAUAUUUGGAUGUAUCAUGUUUGUAGCUUUCUUUUAUGAAGUACAUAAUAGAGUUUGGUGCAACACAGUAUUUCCUCAGCACAUACCUUAAAAGUGGAGUGAGGAAUCAUGUGACUUCUUCAAAAGUUCACCGGGGUAAGACAUACUUUUGUCAACCAUUCAUGGCUUAUAACCUCAUAGAAAUAGGUUUAGCUUACAUGGAACUGACUGAAUAUGUUUUCAAAUUUGCAGGUUGUUGUAAAAACUAUAGGGGAGGUGGAUGAUCUUUUCUAACAUAUACAGAAUAUGUUGGUAAUAAAGCAAUGAGCUAG